GACCUCGGGGAACGAUGCGCAGAGAGAGCGUCUCCGCGGGCAGCACGACUUAAGGAGCCGCGCUUCAUCCAUCCGGACACUUUUUUACUCAACGGAAGAAGAAGAAGAAGAAGAAUCCAGGCGGCGCGGAUCCUUCAUACAGCUCAUCUCCAUUUAACACCAGUUUGAUCCAAUCUGUCAGUUGGUUUGGACGCGAUGUGGAAGACCAGCGUCCUCGUCCAUGUCCUGGUUCUGCCCCUGCUCCUGCUCCUGUCCCCGGCCUCCGCUGAACUCCGGCAGGAGACGCAGGAGACGGAGCCGCGGAGGCUGCCACCGCCGGGAAAGUUGGAUUUCGGUUAUGUGCCCGCGGGACUUUAUGAGACACUGGCCCACUACGAACCGGGACCGAUCGGGAUCCUGUUCCACAUAGUGCAGACUUUUCUGUGUGCGGUGCAGCCCAACGCUUUCCCGCAAGAUCUUAUCGUCAAACUGGCAAAAGACAAGUUUGGAGCUCUUCACACGGAAUAUCAAAAGCCAGAGAACAUAGUGCUGAGCCUUCAGGUCAUCUACUACGAGAUAGGCUUCGUGGUGUGUGCGGCGGUGGGCCUGCUGUUCACCGUGCUCGUGCCGCUCGUCGGCCUCUUCUUCUGCAUGUGCCGCUGCUGCGACAACUGCGGCGGCGAGAUGCAUCAGCGCCAGAGGAAGAACGCGGACUGUCGCCGCGGCCUGCUGGGAACGCUGCUCUUCUCCACGUCGCUGGUCAUCACGAUGGGCGUGCUGUGCGCGUACGCCGCCAACCAGAACCUGAGCUCGCAGGUGAAGAACAUUCGCAGACUGGUCAACAGCAACAUGAGGGACCUGCACACCUUUGUUAAUGACACGCCCAUGCAAAUUGAUUACCUCAUAUCCCAGUAUGCCACAGCCAAGAAGAAAGUCAUCUAUGACCUCAAUAAUAUAGGCCCGUUGUUGGGUGGAAGGAUCCACGAUCGGCUGGAUAAGGAGGUCCAUCCUGCCUUGGACAGAGUGCUCAACAUGGCCGGAGUGAAAAUUGAGAGAGCCAUCAAAGCCAUGAGAGAAACCAAGGAGGCCUUGGACAACGUCAACAGGUCUUUGGAGGUCCUUCAGGAGGGAACAGGGAAACUCAAAUUCAACCUGAGCCUGGUGCGCAGCGGUAUCAACCGCACCCUCAAUGACCCGGGUUGUCAUGACGACGACUCAGACACCACGACCGUCCAGCUGUGCCACAACAUCCGGCAGUCGCUGUCCCAGCUGCAGAUCAGCGCCAACUACACGAGGCUGCCCGGUGUAGACGCUCAGCUGGAGAAGAUGAACCGAGUGUUGAGAACGGACCUCAGCAGUAUCGUUCAGAGGGGUUUCUCCUCGCUGAAUGAUACACCACAUGUGGUGAUCGAACAGACCAGAGGUGUCAUCGAGAGUGUUCUGAACCUGGUGGAUGGGAUCGGCCAAAACAUAAGCAGCUUCUCCAAGAAGUUCCCCGUGCAGAAAAGCCUGUCCAACUUCAGCAUCUUCGUUAACCACGUCCACGCCAAGAUUGAGGACCACUACCCUGAAAUUGACAAAAUAGACUUUUACAGGUGGAUUGGCUGCAUCACUCUGUGCUGCAUGAUUGUCCUCGUCCUGGCCUUCAACUACCUGGGUCUGCUGUGUGGCACGCUGGGAUACGACAAGCACGCCUCGCCCACCACGCGAGGCUGCAUCUCCAACACGGGAGGGACCAUGCUCAUGGCCGGCGUGGGAUUCAGCUUCAUCUUCUCCUGGGUGCUGAUGGGAGUGGUGACCGUUCUCUUCUUAGCUGGAGGCAACAUGGAGAAACUUGUGUGUGAGCCGUUCCACACUAAAGAGCUCUUUAAGGUCGUGGACGCUCCAUAUCUGGUGAACCCGGAGUGGAAGAACUUCAUUCCCGGCUUCCUGUACGGCGACGCUGACCUGGAGCUGACGGCAGAGAGCUUAUACAGCACGUGCAAAGAGAACAAAGGCAUCUACUUGGCGUUGCGUCUGGACAAAAUCUUCAACAUCUCGUCUUUGCUGAAAACCACAGCGUACACUAAAGAUGUGAUGAGUCAGCUGGAGGGCAUCAAGGUCAACCUGAGAGGAAUAAUCCUGUUAGAGGAAGAAGGGAAGCAGAACCUGCGGGACUUCUCUGAGGCAGGACUGUCAGAGAUCAACCAUGCGGACUAUCUGGAAGAGGUGAAUAAAGGAGUGACGGAGGUCGACCUGCUCUCGUUUGCCACAGACCUGGAGGCUCAGACCGACCUCAUGCCCAGUGGUUCUCUAAAGUCCACUCUGAAAGGCUACUGUGGCACUCUGAGACAGAUCCACAGACAACAGGUCACCCCCAUGGAGAAGACCACGAAAUAUGUUAGAGCAAGGAGUUCAUUGAACCAGAGUAUGAGGUUCCUGGAGAGAACGACGUCAGAUCUGCCUAACAAAGUCUCAUCCGUGCUCGAGGCGAUUGACGCCGCCCAGUAUCUCAUCUCUGAUAAUUCCACACACAUAAUCAACUGGGAAAGGGAAAAAUACUCAGCGACCAUUGUUGGCUACUUCCACCAGUACAUCGAAUGGAUCAAAACAUCGGUGGCUCUGGAGGUUGCGCCGUGUAAGCCCUUCAGCAACAUGGUGGACACCAUGGAGAUCAUGGCUUGUAGUUUCUUGGUCGACUCCAUGAACACUUUCUGGAUGGGUCUGGGCUGCAGCACUCUCUUCCUGCUGCCGAGCAUCAUCCUGGCCGUGAAACUGGCCAAGUUCUACCGCAGGAUGGAAACAGAGGAUGUUUACGACGACAUUGAGACAAUUCCCAUGAAAACUAUGGAAAUUGGUAAUAAUGGUUAUCAUAGUGAGCGCACACAAGGUAUCCCAAAUCCUAUGAUGGCAAGCGUCCCCACCUGUGACACAGUCAACAGGUUCCCGCGGGCCUCGGCUCCUCCGAGACACAUUGACUGGUGACAGAGAGCCGGCUCUCGUGUUCUGGCUCCUGAAAGCUUGUUUUAGUUCUUUUCUGCUCAGAGCGACUUUGUGGGAAAACCAGCAUGUGCCCUUGAAAAUUGGAACUAAAAUACCACAUGUUUCACAAUCCCUCGGACCAGACGUAGAUGGACUCCUCACAAAGAAGGAACGACACACAAAGACGAGCAGGUUUUCCUCAGCAAUCAGCUCAUCCAGGCCGAUCAUAUCAUACAGUGAAGACACUCUUUGGUAUAGAGGGGGGUAGAUUUAUCAAACUCUUGUCAUUCAGCGUCAAUCUGAGCCAGAACUUCAGAGGAAACUGCGACAUUUAGACACAAAAAUCAAGCUGAAAAGACAUUUGACAAGAGGACAAACAACAAAUGUGAUGCUUGUUAAAUGUCAUGUACUGCGUGACCUGAAGGUUGUGGAAAGCAGCUACAAGGAAGAGAAAAACAACAUUAUCCUUCACUCGUGUACAAGAAAGGACAGAAAGUGCACAUUUUCAGCGUUAAAAAUCACCGUUUUGUUGAAAACUGUACGACCUGCUGGGUGUGUGGUAUGUUAGUGAUCAAACUAAGUGGUAAAACUACAAAAUAGGUCUGUUGAAGUCUUCUAGAAACUUCUAGAGUUUGACGUCCGUACUGGAUUUUAGUGCAUUGCAAAUGAUCUGUUGCCUUUUAGUUGGUGUGUUUCACCCUGGUGUUUAGCUGAUAAAAAGUCUGAUGCUCCUUCACAAAGAGAAAAUCCACCAUCAGAUGUUUCCUAUAACAAAAAUCAUCUUAUGGUAUAGUGUUUAAAAUGACUAGCUACUUUUACACACACUUAUACCACUAUUUUCCUUUAUCCUGCAUCAUUUCAUUUUUGGUCAAAUAUUGACCGCCUACAUUUUCCACAAUGCCUCUAAACAUCUUGCAAUCCAUUUUUUACCACUAAAGUCAAUAUGUCACCACUUUUUUUGUAUUGUUAGUUUGUUGAAUAAUAGACAAAAUGUGGGUCAGACACUAACUCAAAAGCUUAACUUACAGAAAGACGUCUGAAAAAGUGGAUUAUUAUAUUAUAUUAGUAUAUAUUAUACCUCAACAUCCUGUCGUCAUGCUGUAAUGCUGGACGUUUAUCGAAGUCCGAUAACAACAAUUUUAAGCUACAUCACCAAACUGUGUUUUUUGGAUGGGGUGGAUUUUCCCUUUAAGUCACACAAUAAACUCAGAGCAAGAUUAGAGUUUACUAACAUUGUUCUUGCUUUCUUAGUGGUGAUACUUUUAAAGUGAAUUAUGUUCAGAAGCCAAAUCUUUUUUUUUUAUUAUUAUUAUUAUUUUAAUUUUAGUUCUCAGGUGUUUAAUAGACUAACAUGCCGCGUGUUUAUUUUUUUAAUGUUAGCAUGAGCUAGUUUCUGCUUUUUCAAACUCCCCCACAGUAGCUAUGGAUACAUAGGGAACAAAUGAAUGUAUUCGAGGGCAGUUUUGUUUGAAUUAUUUGGCUGUCGCCUGACAUGUUUGCUGAAAUCUUGUUUGUUAACAGGUUGGGUUCACACAUGCUGUCAGUGUAGUAAAAAAAGACUAGACAAUCCGUUGACGGUACAGGAAAGCACUGCCAAUCAAAUAUACACAGAAGAAUGACAUAGAUAUGGUUUGCAUGACUGAUGAAAUAAUGUCCAUAACAAUUAAAAUGAAGGAUUUCAAAUAUCUUCCCACAUUUAACACUGCAUCAAAGUCUGAUUUAAGUAUUAAGUCAACACUGUUAGCAUGUGAACACAUAAUGGUGGAAGCAUUUCACCUCCUUAUGACCACGUUUGACCUAAUUCACUACAAUAAUUCUGCCACAUUAACACUAUUUUUUGAUUGGUUUAAGUUUUAUACCUCUAAGCCUUACUUCCAUACAUGUUCUGCUUAGCCACAGCAGGCUAAUAAAGUUGCUACAGCUAAUUAGUUAGCUCCUGUUGCUGUAGCUAUCCAAUUAGCUGUAGCAACAUACUAGCUAGCUGUAGCAACUAGCUAACUAUCUCAUGAACCCCAGACAGUUUAGGCUUUAAUAAAUUCUUUCUGAAGAAUUAUAUUUUUGGUCAUAAAUAGGUGUUGAAAUGACUGUGGUUGACAUUACUUGUACUACUUGUAGUAGUAUUUCUAUGAAGUAAAGAGAACUAUAUACCCACUCUCUGGACAAAGCCUUUUAAACGUCGUGCUCUGUAAGUAAAUUCAAAACACCCACUAUUUGCAUAAGAUUGUCAUUUUCACCAGUUUCACCAUGAUUUUCUCCCACUAGUUUAAUUGUUAAGAUGGAUAUUUUUCAAAGCACUUGUGAGCAGUGUUUUGUCUGCUGUAGUGUCUGGAUGUGACCCAUGUCAAAAAAUGUUUUUUACAAAGUGCUUAAUAAUUAAUACUACAUAUGUGUGUGAACACUGGACGUAUACUAGCAGGACAGAUACUCAGUGGUAACUGGUUUGAAAUGAGGCUUGUUCCUCCAGUUGGGCAACGACGGAGCCACUGAAGAGGAACUAUUUAUGUGGCGGUGAAAAAAAAAAACCCCAAGAGUGUACAAAAUGUGAAUAAACUUGGGUUCGUUUUAGUUUGUUGUAAUUUCACUGCCUCCUCUCUGUUUUGUAUAUGGUCUUUAAAAAAUGCCUGAUAUUUUCUGCCAUUAUGAAAAUGAUUUUGUUCCAAAUGAGCAUUUUUGAGUGAUUGGUGUGGGAAGCCAAAAAUGUAAAGCUAUAAAGUAUAAAAGAUUAAAUGGAAAUUAUUCAAA